AUGACCGACCAGCGCGGCGGGGUCUCGCCUACGGGCUCGUCUGCGGACAAGCCCGAGGUCCCAUGGGCAUUCAUCGACUGUCCCUGCGACACACUCGUCGAGCUCAUAGCCCACAUGCUCGACUUGCUCUGCCAGCACAACGACCAGGUGGUGCUCACGCCGGACGCUCUCACGCGCUUCCACUCGCGCGCACCGCCAAACAUCACCGUCAUCGACUAUCUCCGGCGUAUAGUAAAGUACACCAACCUCGAGAAAAUCCCUCUCCUCUCGCUACUGGCAUACAUCGACCUGACAUGCCAAAACCUCCCGACGUUUACACUGUCGUCCUUGACAGUCCACCGUUUCCUCAUUGCGGGCGUGACCGCAGGCUCAAAGGCCCAGUGUGAUGUCUUUUGCACAAACUCACACUAUGCCAAGGUCGGCGGUAUCAAGGUCAACGAGCUCAACUCGCUCGAGCGAGAGUUUCUGCGGGUGACAGGAUGGGCCCUUUGUUGCAACGCAGACCUGUUGCAGCGCUACUACACCUCGCUCAUCCGCUCCCAUGGCGGCUUUGUGCAAGCACCCGAGCCUGAAGUGUCCCCAUUCCGUGCAUUUCCCGACGCAGGCAAGCCUGCGCCCGUACAGGACUCGGAGCCUGCUACGCCAGUGCCCGUGGCAGAAGAGUCCGAGUAUGGCUCAGAGGAGGGUGAAGAGCAACGCGGGCGGGGACGACAACGUGAUGAGAUGGAGGUGGACGAGCCAGCAGCAGCAGACGACGACAACGUCGCAGCGCCGUCACACCCUCCAGACGAGGCUGCGUCUGCUUCCUCGUCUUCGCGCUCGAUCAAGUCGUUUGUGGGCGGCAUCUUCAAACGCGACUCGUCUGCACCGUCACCCGCAGUGGUCCGGUCACGGCCACUCUCGACGGCGUCGUCGGCAGGUGUCGCGUCGCCGACCGUCGACGCCGUCAACGUCAAACCGCUCACACCGCGAGUGCGCACACGGGAAGAGCGGAGCGUGGACAGCUUGCGGGCAGCAAUGCCCACAGGCGUCGCAGAUGAUGGAAAGAGGAGAGCACGAGUGGAGUAG